CAACCGACAUUGCUAGAAAGAAAUGUUUAUAAUUAUCCCACUAAUAUUAGUAAAAUUGACUAAUAUAUGCAUCUAAUUUAUGGAUUUAUUACACUGAAGUAACAGUUCAAUUGUUUGAAAAACGUAUAGAUACGUAAGUUGGUUUCAGGACUUACAUAGGAACCGGACGUGGACAACAGUGAGUGAGUGGUAGAAGCCCCACCCUGUAGUCACCAUGGGGAAGUUAUUGUCAAAGAUAUUUGGCAAUAGGGAAAUGAGAAUACUCAUGUUGGGAUUGGACGCUGCUGGAAAAACUACUGUUCUAUACAAAUUGAAGCUCGGCCAAUCAGUGACCACCAUUCCCACCGUAGGAUUUAACGUAGAAACAGUUUCAUAUAAAAAGAUAAAGUUUAAUGUAUGGGAUGUCGGUGGCCAAGAUAAGAUUCGUCCUCUAUGGCGGCAUUACUACACAGGUACACAGGGGCUCAUAUUUGUCGUAGAUUGCGCAGACAGAGAUCGUAUAGAUGAAGCCAAGCAAGAGUUACAUAGAAUAAUCAAUGAUCGGGAAAUGAGGGACGCUAUGGUUCUUAUAUUUGCAAAUAAGCAGGAUUUACCCGAUGCAAUGAAACCACAUGAAAUACAGGAAAAAUUAGGACUUACCCGAAUUCGAGAUCGAGUUUGGUACGUUCAACCAUCAUGUGCCACAACUGGCGAUGGACUUUACGAAGGACUCACUUGGCUCUCGAGUAACAGCAAAUCAUGAUUUGGGCCUUGUACAUAGACUUGAAUUAUAAAUGUGCACUCGGCUCAUCUCCUUGAAUUUAUGAGCCUCUUUGUACAUAUAAGACUCCUUAGGAUAUUUGGAAUAUUCAAUAUGCGAAGUUUGUUGCUUUGCACGUUUACUGGAGUUUUUAUUAUUAAGUCAGCUUAGGGAGUUUCAUUUUAUCACCAGUGAGGUCUUGGAUUAUUGGAUUAUUAUCGUGGUUUUGGAUUAAUGCUGUAUUGGAUUAAUGCGGUGUUUAUUAGCUAUGGAGUAUAUGAGAAUGUCCAUAAUAUCAGCCACCGCUGCCACCAUGUUUGUAUACAGUUAUGGUUGUACAGUUAUCUCCUCGAGCUUUGAAUAUAGUUGUAUAGCAUCGUUGAAUCCUAAA